AUGUUUGAUGUUUCGAAUUUCCGUGUUGUAGUCGGCAUCGACUUUGGAACAAUUUACUCCGGCUAUGCCUUUGCUAACAAAACAGAUCCGGAUGAAAUCAUAAGCCAAGACACAUGGCCGGAUCAAAAGGGUACUCUAAGAACACCCACCGUUCUCCAAUAUGACAAUCACUGGAAUGUAUUCAAGUGGGGUUAUCCUGCAUUGACUGAGUAUGAGACUCUCAAAAAGAAGAAAAUAUCUGCUCGGAAUGAGACUCAAACUGUAGAGAUGUUCAAAUUGCAUCUGAUUGACACACUUGGGCAUCAAAAGCCGCCAUUACCGAAAGGGCUAACCUGUUGGAAAGCUAUUACAGAUUAUCUCAAAGCACUGAAUCAGUCUAUUAAGAAGACAUUGCUAAUAAAAUGGCCGGAGUUGCACUAUCACUCUCAAGUGCUCAAAAUCAUGACUAUACCAGCAGAAUUAGAUGGGAAUACAUUGUGUAUGAUGCGCAAAUGCGCGUACGAGGCGGAAAUAAUAAACACUUUAGACUCGAAAGAUUUGGUGUUUGCGACUGAACCCGAGGCAACUGCGAUAUAUUGCGUGAGGUCGUUGAAUCUUAAACCAGGCUCUGCUUUCUUAGUGGUAGACUGCGAUUUAGACACAGUAGACCUCACUUUACGCACUUUUCUUGCUACUCGCAAACUAUCCAAAGUCACUGAUCGCACUGGUGACUUUUGCGGCAGUACCUUCGUUGAUCGUGAAUUUAUAAAAUAUAUUGCGUCAGUGGUAGGCGAAUCGGCUAUGCGUAUUUUCAAGGAAAAGCACAAAGUCGCGUUCCAGUACAUGAUUAAACAGUUCUGCGAUAGAGUCAAAUUUGUUUUCGAUGGGGACCGUGAAAAAUUUGAGACGACAAACUUCGAAUUCGAUGUUGGGAGAUUCUGUCCAGAAUUGAUGCAAUACGUUCAGGGAGACAAAAAAAAACGAAUGAAAGAAGAAGAUUGGAUAAUCGAACUGGAUUACGAAACCGUUAAAAGUUGUUUUGAUCCAGUCGUUAAUAGGAUUUUACAGUUAAUAGAGACCCAGUUGGGGAGGUCGAGACUGGCUACGUCAGCAAUAUUCUUGGUCGGAGAACUUUCAGAGUCAAUAUACUUAUUACAGAGAGUUAGGCGUAAAUUCUCGAGUAAAGUUGAUACCAUUGCAGUUCCACCCUUUCCUCUUGCUGCUGUCGCACGGGGCGCGGUAUACUAUGGUCUCGACAUAAGCUUCGAGGUGGCGGCCGGACCUAGUCUUGCAAGACCAAGUUUCGAGGCGACUGCAGGACCAAGUCUCGCAGAUCCAAGUCUCGGUGUGAAUGCAGUAACGACCCGUGUCGUGAAACGCUAUGGUAUUAAAUUCAAGUCAGAAUGGAAACCAGGAGACCCACUUUCACGUCGCACUGCUGAUGGUCAUAUAUACGUCUUCAAAACUAUUGCUCAGCGUGAGAUAAUGAUAUCUGACGAUUCCGAAUUUACAUAUGAAUUGAUACCAUCAUCCAAUCAGACACAAGUAGAGGUUGACUUUUACACUACGUGUCGAGAUGACGUAAGAUAUUGUGAUGAACUCGGCGUAGUGUCGUUGGGACAGCUGCUUAUUG